AAACAAGAUCCGACGUGAGUUAAGGGAGUUGUGAAUCUUGACGACGUGGAAGAGAAAAACUACUUUUGUUUUGUUUUUCAUCUUGGGUAGUCAAGUCAUUAGUAAAACAAACUGAUUAGGCAAGUGGCAAAAGAAAUUAUCAGUUAACUUUAUCUGUUAAAGUUAUUGGACAGUUAAGAUGUCAAAAUAUGGGAAGUUAUCUCCCCCUGUGUCACCGACAGGUUCGUCGAUCAUGUCGCCUCUUUCAUCAAUGAAUGGAAGCAGUAAACAAGAUGCUAGACUUACAGCAACGUCAAAAAGACAAAAAUAUUUUAAAAGACUUUUGAGAUUCAAGCAGAUGGAUUUUGAAUAUGCUUUUUGGCAGAUGAUAUAUUUAUUUGUGUCUCCCCAAAAAGUGUAUCGAAACUUUCAGUACAGAAAACACACAAAAGAUCAGUGGGCUAGAGAUGAUCCAGCAUUUUUAGUUCUUCUCAGUUUCUGGUUGGUUGUAUCAUCAGUUGGUUUUGCAGUGGUAUUAAAGUUGACCUUCUUAGCUUUUGUUAAGUUUAUAUUAUGGGUUAUAUUUGUUGACUGUAUUGGUGUUGGAAUCGUCAUUGCAACUUUCUUCUGGUUUAUUACAAAUAAAUAUAUGAUAAUGGCACCACCUAGAGGACAAGACGUGGAAUGGGGCUAUGCGUUUGAUGUUCAUCUUAACGCUUUCUUUCCUCUCUUAAUGAUUCUUCAUUUAUUUCAACUCUUCUUUUUGACGUAUUGUAUUGCUCUGCCUGGUUUCUUUCCGAGGUUAUUUGGUAAUUCCCUGUGGUUAAUAGCAUUAGGUUAUUAUAUCUAUAUCACAUUUCUCGGCUAUAGUGCUUUACCAUUUUUAAAGAAUACACGAACAUUGUUAUAUCCUAUCACAGCUCUUGUGUUUGUAUACAUGUUAUCGCUUAUAUUUGACUGGAACUUUAGUCGUGGACUGAGCACCUUCUAUACGUUCCGAGUCUCGACUUAAAAGACUACAAGCAGCCGUUUAUACUGUGGAUUGCAACGUUUUUUUAUGCAGAAGUGUCAAUGUACUGUGUGUGUGUGUAUUUUAAAAUCGUGCAUUGAACAAAUUGAAGUAAAUCUUGUACAGUGGACUGACGUUUCACAUGCAGGGGUGGAAUGGUUAGGUCCAAGAGCCACUGUGACCGAAACGUCGUAGAUUCAACUUAUAUAUUACUUGUGGUAUUUGUACAGAACUGUGGGUUAAUAAACUGAAUUACUUGAUGAGGAAUUUUUAUCUUCAACUUUGUGUAUCAACUUUCCCUUUAUUGUUUUAUUUACUAGAGGAGAAAGUAUAAUUUAAAGCUAUAUUCCUUUCCGAAUCAGGACUAUAAUUAAAUAUUAUUACUACAUAGCGCUGUCUUCAACAUACAUGUAGAGCUUGCUAACCAGGAGGUCUCGGUUUCACUCCCAGUGUGGCUGAGAAAGAUCCUUGGGAUUUCCCAGAGUGGUUUCCGCUUGUUAGUGGUAUAGGACGGGGGUCAGUCUAUUAUUCUGAUAUGACGGAGAACUGAAGUCCCGUAUACAAAUUGGCGUGCACAUAAAAACAACCCUUAAGUUUUAGAUAAAAAGACAAAAUGUUGUAGGUAUAUUCAGCACUCUUUAAGAGAACAUAUCUGUAAAUCGGAAGGGGGGUGGGGGCAUGUGUCAGUUACAAUUGUCAAAUGUCAUAGAUUGAUUGUGUAUUUACAAAGUACUGUGGAGAGGGCAUCGGUAAGUUUUCGUAACUUUUCUCCCAAUCCGUUUGUACUUUAAUUAUGUUUUAGUACAAUAAACUAUGUUUAAAACAAACAAAGUACUAUAAUAUGCUUCUUUCUUUAUAAGUUACUUUCAUCAUAUACUGGUAGUGAAAGCCCUAUCAGAAUAAUCUAUAACAUUUACUGAGGUUCCCUGUCUGACUAUAAUAUGCUAGUAAUUGGGACAAAAUUAGGCUACCUUUGUUUAAAAUUUGAGGCCCAGUAGAAAAACUGUUGAAAUUAAUACUUGAUUCCAUUGUAAUCUAAGAAAUAUUGAUGCUAUUAUUAUAAUGUUUAUCAUUUAAGUGUAUAUAAUUCAUCCAUUUUUUUAUGAACCUGCUUGAAAGUGUUUUCUGCUUGGAACUGAUCACAUCUUGUUGAAGCUAUUGGUAUUAUACAAUUCUUUUAAAUCUCUAUAUAUGGUAAUAUAUGUUUGUGUAUAUAUGUAUAUAUAAUUGUAUAUAAAAGGGGCCUGACCUAGCUUUGUAGAAUAAUUGUAUUUAUUUUGUUAUAAAAAUGAUAACUUUAUUACCAGAUGCACAUUUCUGUUGUAUUAUUGUCUUUAACCAAUAAAUAUCAACUAAUAGAGUA